AUGUCUGAUUAAAAGAAAAUAAAAAAACCUAAUUUAUCAUCCAUCACACAGACAGAAAAACCAUCAAUAAUUAAAUAGUAGAAAUCUCCAAAACAUUAUAAAAUGUCUUUUGAUCCAGAAAAAUAUGUUGAAAAAGAAGAUUAUUUGAAGAUGGAAAAAAAAUAUAAUGAUUUAGUUUAAAAAGUACAAGCAUUAUUUUUAGAAAUCAAUAAUAGAUAUUAUGUAAAUAUAUAAUCAUAAAUUAGGAUUUUAAUGACAUAAAUGAAAAAUUGAAUAGAAAAUCAAAUGAAUUUGGAUAUACAAGAUUGGAUCCUCAUCGUUUAAUUGAGCUAAUGAAAGAAAUGCUUGCCACUUAUAUUAAGUAUUAUAAAUCAGUGAUAAUAAUGAUAGGGGUAUCAUUUAGACAGAAGAAGAGGUUCAAUCAUAUAAGUUAUGCAAUGAUGAUGAAUAAUAAGAUUAUAUUUGGUUGUUACAUAAGAGUGAGAUGGAUAUGAGAAAAAUGAUAAGAGAAAAUUAAUAAUUGAAAUUAUUGAUCUAAAAUUUGGAAAUUAAAAUUAGUAAUAAUGAAAAAUAAAUUGAAUUACUUACUACUUAUACAUAAAAAGCAAUGGAAGAAAUGAAAAGUGAAUUUACUUUUGCAAUUGAUUUACUUUCUGAAAGAGAAAGUAGUCUUAACAUUCUUAAAGAUGAGAUUAAAAGAUAAACUGAACUUAUUACUUCAUAAAAAUAAUAAUUGAUAUCUGUUUAAGUUUUAGAACAUAAAAUGGGACAUUUAGCUGAUAAGUAAAAUAAAGAGAAAUAAAAAAUAAAAUAAGAAUAUGAUCACACUGUUAAGUAGAAGGAACAAUAUCUAAAAUAAUCUUUUGAAUUAGACUAAAGAGCUAAAGAAAAAAGAAUUUAAUAAUUAGAAUCAGAAGUAAAAUAGCUUUAAAUUGAAAAAAAUAUAAUUGAAAGAGAUUUAGCAUAAAAGAUUGAGUUUUCGUAAAAAAAAAUAGAUAACUAAAACAAUUAAUUAGCUGAAAAGAUUUCUCAAAUAUCUGAUCUUUAAAAGAAGCUUAUAGAUGUUCAUCAUAGUAAUUAUUUACAAGAUAAAGCUAAUCAUUAAUCUACUAAAUAUUAAGUUUGA